AUGGGACACUGUACUAUUAUCUACAGACCCGUCUCUCUGUGGUGUGUUGAGCAGAUGAGCAAAUCCAUCGCCGAGGCCUUCGAGCUGCCGAGCAACCACAUCGUCCCGACGCACGGCCACAUCGUCCCGGAAACAGACACACGCCCACAUCCUCCCGGCGACAGACCCUGGCCCCGCCUCUCGCCUUUGAACUCUCGUGGAGCCCCGCCCCUUCAGAUUCGCCAUCUUGGAUUCACCUUGGCCGUUUACACCGGACAAGACGAAGCAGGUCUCUCCAGAGGAUACGAUGUAAGCUACGAUAGGUCUGAAGAAGCAGCUGAGGUGGAAACGUUCACAGAACAUGAAGGUCACCUGACUUUGCCUGAGUUAUAUCAGCAAAAUCCAAGCAACAAGUAUCUGCCCAGAGUAAACAAAGAUCAUGAGUAUCCAGUCCCCGCUUACCCCAGACCAGAGCUGCACGUAUCUCACCUGAGCCACAGCACCGACCUGGCAGCUCUGCAGGGAAUCCAGAAGGAUGGAGGUUUCAGGGAUCCAAGCCAAGAUCCGACCAGAUCUUGGCCAGGUCUGGUCUGGUUCAGUCUGACACCGACUCCUGAAGACCUGAGCGCCGCAGAGGGCCGGUUCAUGACGCUGGUGCGUCCUGGUGGUGAGGAGGAAGUCUGGAAUGGUCAUGUUACUCCAGGCCUCCUCCAGAGCUUUGCCACCUCCCCCGCCUUCUCCUCCUCCUCCCGAUACGGCUCCUAUCGUCUGACCUUUGACCUGAGCAAGGUGCUGGACCGCUACAGCGAGCAGGUGAACCCAGAUACAAUGCGCCUUCUGUACUCGUGGAGUUUUUCCUUGACUCGGUCCUGUAGUGUCGCCUGUCGCUUCUCUCCGCUCUGGGUGCCCCCUCGACCAGCGGGUUGCCAGGUUGAUAGCAGCCGAAUCUCAUCGCGGUCCAGGCUGGUCACGGACUUCACAACAUUGACCGGGAGCCCCCGAGAUGCCAUGUCCCUGGUUGCUUCUGCUGCGUCUUGGUAG